CAUUUUUUAUAAGGUGCAAAAAUGUGAAGCCCUCGACUGUGAUACCUUUGCGGAUUCCUGUUCAAACUCUUCUUUCUCCGGUUUGAGAUUUUGAACUGUGCGAGAUGGAGUCAUUGAUGAGCAGGUGAUUCAGCUUUUCUAUUGAAAUGGAUUCUUCAUUUCCGCGGAGACUGGCUCCUUUGGAUGAUUUGGACCGUGACCCGACGAAGUUUACUGAAUUCGGUGACAUCGGUGAGGAUGAUGACGAGGAGCAGAGCGGGUUCGGAAAUUCGCUCGCCAAAUGGUUUUUUGGCUCUUCGGGCACCACGCCGCAACGUUCUCGUGCUGGGACUCCGUUGGUCGUCGAAGAGCCGCCCGUCGAAGUAUCGACAUCGACGUUGAAUGAACAACGAGAAAGAAGAGAAAUUGCUGCGGUAUUGAGUGAACAACCCAGUGUGCUCGACAGGAUCAAGAAUCUUUUCGGCGGGUCAGGACCAUCAGCAGAAGCAGACCUGAAGGCGUUUUGGAUGCCGGACGCUGUGAGCAAAGAGUGCUACGACUGCGGGGAGAAGUUCACUACUUUCCGUCGUCGUCAUCAUUGCCGAGUUUGCGGGCAAAUAUUUUGCUCUAAGUGUCGCUCGGAAGAGUUGCCUGGCAAACUGAUGGGCAUUAAGGGUAACUUGAAGGUUUGUAAAUACUGCGGACGUGUCGCAUCCAACUUUGUGAAUGCCAAUCCCGUUGGCAAGGGUUCGGGGAAAAACGACGUGCUCGACGACUUUGGACCGAAGGAAGUCGUCGACACUUCGAGAUCUCCGGCCGAGAAAUUUGAGUCUUCGACGUCGUUCGUUUCGAUGCCCGAGGGUUCGGCGCGGAAAAAGUCGGCAGUGGGCUACCAAGAGGAGCUAUUCACGAGUCCUCGCCACAGCUCGUCAGUGUCGGCGCCGUCGUUGAGCGACGGUUUUGCAGAUUUGAUGUUGGCAAUUGCGUUCUGCACUGAUCGAUUCCACGCUGAGCACGGAGACGGCAUUUUUCUGGGAGCGGACUUCGUGCGUUGGAUGCUGCGGGAAGGCAAGUGCGAGACAGAGCCGGAAGCUGAGCGGAAAGCCGGAAGCAUGGUGACGCGUGGCAUGUUCUUACCUGUUGACGACAGACGACCAGCACUCGUGGGUCAAGCCUGUGUUUUCGACCAGGACGUCCCGUAUUGUGUUAACAAGUUCCUGGAUUUCAGCGGAGAAAAGCCGGAGGGAAGAGAGAGCGAUCCGACGUGGGUAGAGCAAAUACACGGGACUGACCAGAAAUCCAAUCUAACCCCGUCGUCAACCACGCUGUAUUUGAAUUCGGCGCCUGAAACGAGCGGGGAAAUGUCAGCAUUUCCGUCUAGGAAAUCCAGAAGUUCCGUCGACUCUGUUGUCGAGGCCACUUCCUCCUUGCAUCCGGAUCUUUCCAUGAGCCACAUUUCCGAAGAGUUUCUUCGAGAGUCAGUCCUCACUCCCAUGUCCAAGCACGGUUCGCCAAUAUCCGCAGCUGUUGGUUGGCACUCUGCGAGUACUUUGAAUAAGGAAAAUGGCGAGCUUGCGGCUUUCACCCAGCUUGUGGAAGGAUACAAGGAGCACGAAACACGUUUAAUUCGUCAGUUGCUGGACCAAAAUGGGUUGGAUCAGGAUUGGGCAGGUAUCAUCAUACCACUUGUUCACAAGAUCGUUGAAGUGGUUCGACCCGACGUCAAGAACAGCGACGACAUGGACAUUUGUCAAUAUGUUCAAAUCAAAAAAGUUCCCGGGGGAAGCAGAUCAGAAACGAGUCUGCUGAACGGCGUCGUGUGCACCAAGAACGUGGCGCAUCGAACAAUGGCGGUGCGAUUAACAGAUCCGCAGAUUCUGCUGCUGGGCACCUCGCUGAUGUACCAGCGCGGCGAAAGCAAAUUCAUCUCACUCGAGCCUCUAGUACUGCAAGAGUACGAGUAUCUGAAGAACGUGGUGGCGAAAAUGAUGAGCUACAAGCCGGACAUCAUCAUGAUUGGGAAAACGGCGGCGCGGGUGGCCCAAGACCUGUUGAAAGACUGCGGAGUCACGCUCAUCAUCAAUGUGAAGCCGAGUGUGAUGGACCGCGUCGCGAGGUUGACCCAGGCCCAGAUUGUGCCGUGUAUGGACGCGCAGAUUGUCAAGCCGCAGCUCGGCCUUUGUCACAGUUUUUAUUUGAAGACAUUUGAAGAUCACGAGCUUCCUGUGUCGCAGAAAACGUUGAUGUACUUUGACGGCUGUGCUUCGCAUCUCGGGCUCACUGUGGUCCUAAGGGGUGGAAACCGACAUGAGCUGAAAAAGGUGACUUGCAUUCUGGUGAAAUCUGUGAUGCAGUUUGUGAUUUUGGUGGCGUACAAUUCGCGCCUGGAGAGGUCGUUUUUGAUGGACGAAGGCGCCAUGCCACCGCCGCCCAAUUCGAUGGAAGAUGUCCAGCUGCCACCGUCCAAUGAAGAAUCCUCAUCAGUGUGUUUUAAUCUCAAUGAAUCCGACGCAGAGAGUGAACUUGAAGCGUUUCGCGUAGCUCUUCGCGACGCCGUUUUGUACAGUUCACCGUUCUUGCGGAACGAAAUCCCGCAUUUAUUGACACAGGCUGGAAUGGAAACCGAGCUGAGGAAAUUCUUUCCACCACGCUUGUAUCCUUUGGGCGCCGUCGAGUAUUCGGAUUCGGAAACGGAUAGUGUCGGUGGUGAAAGGAAGAAUGUGUUUGAUUGCGGUCUGCCGACGUCGGAAUAUCAUCCUUUCAUCACUGCCAAAGUGACGUGUCCGGAGCAGAAGGUAUACAUGCUGCAGAACCUGUUGGCCGAUUUCCGGGCCAGGGGCGGGCUGGUUCGCCCGUCUACUCGCAUCCUGUUUCGGGAACGCAUGAAGACGCACUGUUCCUCUGUGGCAAGCAGUGCUUUCACGGAAGUGGACUACUGUCCCAUGUCCGACUCGCGGACGGAAGAGAUGGAUCGAGCCGCCAAUGCCCUGGAUCCUCACAAUCAUCAGCGAAUGGCAGUCUUGUUUUCCAGCUACUCUCCGACCUCCAACAACGCUCCCAAUUAUUGCACGAAUCCCUGGGUUGUCAACAUGAACUUUUACGGGACCAAUGACAUCCCGCUGGGAGGCUUUUUGGAGAGAUAUUGUUUCAGAAAAACGUAUUCCUGCCCUUCGUCGAGUUGCGGUACUGGGAUGAUGGGUCACAUCCGCCGCUUUGUCCACGACAAGGGCUGCGUGCAAAUCAUCAUGCGAGAACUUUCCGAGCCGAUCCCGGUGAAGCACCAGGGCAUCCUGGUGUGGAACUGGUGCUCCAAGUGCCAGCAGAUAUCCUCAGUGGUCCCACUCAGUCUCGACGGCUGGGGACUCUCGUUUGCCAAGUACCUGGAGUUGCGAUUCCACGGCGGCUUUUACAAGCGUCGCGGACUCAAGCCCAGCUGCCAGCACUCCUUGCAUCACGAACACUACCAGUACUUUGGCUGCGACGAUACCGUCGUGUCCUUCAAGUACUAUCCGAUCUUGUUGCGCGAGAUUGUGUUGCCACCGGCGUUGGUCGUGUUCGGGAACGCGGCGGCGUCGGUUGCGCAACUGCGGGCCACGUUGAUUGACGAGGUGUCGAGUUUGAGUGUGCAGGGCCACGGGAGCUACAGCUCCAUUUUCGAAAAGCUGCACGAGCUGGAAGCUGUGGCGGAUCCCGGCAAGUUUCAGGACAUGCUCAAGGCCAUGUCCGAGGCACUGGACGGUUUGCAUUCCCAGUUUCGCGGGGUGCUGGAAGAGCUGCAGCUGUUGCUGGCCAAUCUCAAGUCUGUCGAGAGCAAGGUCGAGGGAGAGCAGAUUCUGUGCCAGGUUGAGGGCAAGGUCGUGCACGUGAAGGUCUUGCAGUGCAAAAUCAUUUCCGCGUGGAACUCUCGCAUCCAGGAGAUUCACGCGGUGAAGAAGAAGGAAGAGAAGGCCCGGCCGUCGUCGUCUCGAGUGCCGAAUGAGACGUCGGCGGCGACCGUGAUGGAACAACAACAACAACAGCAGCCGCUGCCGUCGUCGUCGACGUCAGACGUGUCCGACGUUGGCGACCCGACAGGAAAAGUGCAUCGAUCGGAAAGCACUCAUAGUUUGGUGGCGAAUCCAUUAAAUACUACGUCGACGACAACGACAGCGAUGAAUAAUCUGGGUGGGAAAACAAAUGUUUUGACGAGCAAGGAAGUGGGUGACGGGAAGAAGAAUCCGUUUUUUGCGACUCUCGCGUGUUUGGCGAACCAGCCGCUGGCGUUUCCGUUUCCGACGACGCAGCACUUGUUGCUUCCGCCGUGUGUCGGGAUGCCGGUCAUCAUCUACGAGAAAGAGCCCAGUUCCAUUGUGGCGUACACUCUGAGUUCCGGCGAUUACAAGGAUUUCAUCAAGGAAGCGGAUCUCAAUUCUGCAGGAAGCAGGCAAAGGCGCAAUUCCGGAGCAAGCUCUUCUGAGCUCUUUCUAAGUACUGAAUCCCGGAAAACGGGAGUAUUGAGCUUGUUUUCGGAUGCAGUUUCCGUGCAGUCGGUCGGAUCGCUGGAUCACGUUUCAUCCGAAACGCAGCAGCCGAAUCAUCAAGAUAAAAUCUCAAAGAAAUUGGCGACCAAUCAUCCGGAAUUCGAGUUCUCUGAUCCAACUGCCAGCUCAUCGUCGCUGCCAAAUGGCAUGCGUCAUGUUGGUCUGGAUUUUCGAAAUUUCCGUGCGAAACGUUUCGACGGGCUGAAGGGCGAAGAAAAAUUUGUGCGAAGUUUGGCUCGUUGCGUUCCUUGGGCUGCAAAGGGAGGGAAAUCCGGAUCCGAUUUCUGCAAAACGGUCGAUGAUCGGUUCAUCCUCAAGCAAAUGAGCCGUUUCGAGAUGCAAAGCUUCCUGGACUUUGGUCCCCACUACUUCAGACAUGUCGAGAAUACUAAUGCGGACGGAAAACCGACGGCACUUGCCAAGAUUCUCGGAGUAUUCAGACUCGGAUACAAGAAUACGCAGAACAAUUCAGGCUCAAAGAUGGACGUUUUAGUGAUGGAAAACCUCUUCUAUGGUAGAAGGAUCAAUCAGAAAUUCGACCUGAAAGGAUCCGUGAGGAACCGACUCGCCAAGGACUACACCAAACUUGAAACUGACUACGUUUUGCUGGACGAGAAUUUACUGAAAAUGACUUGCGGGAACCCCCUGUACAUCAGGCCGCAUUCGAAGCGUGUUUUGACCCGGGCCAUCACGCAUGACACGGAAUUCCUGGCCGCGCAGGACGUGAUGGACUACUCACUGUUGGUGGGUGUGGACGAGGACACCAACGAACUCGUGGUCGGCAUCAUCGACUACAUUCGCACUUUCACUUGGGACAAGAAGCUGGAGAUGGUGGUCAAGUCGUCGGGCAUUUUGGGCGGCCAGGGCAAGUUGCCGACGGUUGUGUCACCGGAAUUGUACCGGGCCCGGUUUUGCGAGGCCAUGGACAAGUACUUUUUGUUGGUGCCGGAUCGGUGGACUGGUUUGGCAAGGCCAGUGUGUCAACUCUGACGACACGCUGCAGCACAUGAGGCGGCGACCUCCUCCUCCCCCUUUUUUUCAUCAUCUCUGCAGCCUUUGACCCCUUUUAUUGAGACGUGAAAAUUGAUGUACGCGACUGUGAUGGCUUGUGUAAUAUUUUAUGUUUCAGCUAUUUCUGAUGCGGUGUGGGAGAAAAAUAAAAAUAAUUUUGAAGCAAUUUUACUCAUUAGAAAUAA